AUGCCAGCGCUCUCAUCGACGGCGGCCCCAAUGGCGGCGGCGGCGGUGGGCCGGAGUGUCUUCGCCGCCCUCCACCACCUCACCGCGCAGGAUCUCGACACGCACCGCGUGGAGGCCGCCCACCGCGUCGUGUUGGAUUGCGUCACCGCCGUGGACGCGAGGAUGCGGGUGUACAUGUUCGGCUCCACCGCCGUCUACGGCCUGCACGAGCGCGGCAGCGAUGUGGACUUCGUCGCCCUGAGCAGCAGCGACGUGCGGGACGGGAAGGGCGAGGACGCCGCCACGCAAGUCGCGAAGGGCCUCCAGGCGGACUUUCUCGCCAAACUCGCACGAGUGGUGCGCCGCGAACACAUUGCGUGGAGUGUAGAAGAAGUGCGCCGCACACGUGUGCCGGUCAUUCGCGUGAAGGGCGGGGCCGAUGAUGUGGACUUUGAUAUUACGGUGAAUAGACGGAAUGGAGUGCGGAAUAGUGCCCUCCUGCGGGCGUACAUUGAACAGGAGCCAGAGUGUCGUUGGUUGAGUAUGGCGAUAAAGCGGUGGAGUAAACGGGCCGGGCUUAACGCGGCGGUUCUUGGUGGUAGUAUUACCUCCUAUGGAUUUAACAUUAUGACUGUAUAUUACUUACUUCAGCGGGGGAAACUGCAGUUUGUUCCACCAGCCUCUAUUGAUGUGGCGCAGAUUCAACCGGUACCGCCUUAUCUCCCGCUAAAGCCAUUACAAGAUGAUGGAGAGGAACUCGGUGAACAGAUUGUUGAUUUUCUAAACUUUUAUCGGCAUGAGUUUGAUGCGGCAAAUCAUGUCAUCUCACUUAGUAGACCUGGUAUUACAACAAAGGAACAAUUGAAUUGGACGAAAACGGCAGAGGAUUUUGCACGUAUGAAUGGUGAGAAGAUUCACUACCAAUGGUGUAUUGAGGACCCAUAUGAACUUAAUUUGAAUGUGGGGAGAAAUGUAACUCCAUUGAAAAGAGACUUUCUGCAUAAACACUUUGAAAAAGCGCGUGAGACAGCUCUUUUAACUCUUCCCCCAAAAUAA